AACGGAUCUCACUGCAGGAUCUAUCCGUUCCCACUUUACUCUGCACCAGGGCGCACGCAGCAGACUCUUUUGCCAAUUUAUCUGCUCGACAGAAAACAGGUGGUGCUGAAAAAAUGAGGAGAGGUCUGAUGCUGGUGCUUCUGUUCCUCGUCAUGAAACUUCGAUACAGCCAGUCCAGAUGCGAGGAGCCCGGAUCGCGCAGAUCAACUUCAGAUCAGAAUUUAGGUUUAGACAACCUCAAGCGGAACAUCCUGAAGAGGUAUAGUGAUUUGGAUUAUGACAGCUUUGUGGGUUUGAUGGGCAGAAGGAAUGUCGAUGCAAACGCUGUAGAGUCACCACAAAAAAGAGAAAUGCAUGACAUCUUUGUUGGUCUUAUGGGAAGGAGAAACUCAGAGCCUGAUAAUGGUCCCUGGAGGAGAGAGUAUCCAGAGAGGAGAGGCAUUUUUCUCAACAAGUGCAGGCUGAGGUUUCUUCAGGGGCUGUAGACAUUCAUAUGGAACUCUCAUCUGGCAACAAUGACAGAAGAUCACAAACAAUGAACUAAAUGUCUGACGACUAAAUGAUCUACCAGCUGGCUUAUGAAAGUGACCAUAAACUACACAGAUUGUACUUGUUUUAUCUGAAGACAAAACAUAAUUAGAAGUGACAGCUGAUAUUUUUCCUUAUCAUGUAUUUCUUUUUCUUCAAAGUUCAAAAUAAACAUAAUUUUUCUAU